GGAUCCACAUGUGAUCAACUUCGUCAUCCCCGCCACCAACAAGCUUAUCGUCAAUGCGCUGAGAUCGGCUGCGAAGGUCUUCUGAUGAGCGGCUCUUUCUUCCACAUCAGCAAAUACCCUAGUUGCCUCGAGCACACUUCCCUCUUUGCCUUUCUAUCCAUUGUUCUACAGCUAAGAUCUUGUGCCGUUACAUGUGAUGUCACUGAUCGCACCUGGUGCCUAGUGCCUAGUAUACGUCGGGCUUUGCUAAUUGGACAUCAGAUCUCUUCGCGUGCUCCAUCGGAAUUCUGGAGCCUGAGCAAGGAUUUAUAUAGAUCCCCCACUCAUCGAUGCAUCUCGCACUGCCCACUUCGCACUUUCGUUUGAUUUUUACCGUCGUCUGGUUAGGACACAUGCGCUGCUGAGGAUGAGUGGCAUCCACAGGUUUCUCACUAGACGUGAGAAGAAAAAUGCCAAAGAAGAGGCAUCGAACCUCCUUUCGCGCCCCCAUUUUCGUGGGUUUUUCUCAUCCGAUAAAAUUCCUACCGGGGAUAGCAAUGAAGAUCAAAAGAAGGUGAAUUC